AUGCUGACAUCAGUCUCAGUGCCAUCCCCAAGAGCCGUCUUGACGAAGUCGCCGGGCGAGACGAGAGAGCGUCGCCCGACCCUCAAACUAUCGACCAUACUGGAAAAGAAGCCAGAAUUCGAUGAGCCAUUCAUGGCCAUUAAGCCUCCGCCAUGGGAUCGCAUCCAUGACAUUGGAUUUUACAGACAAUGCGGCGGUCCGGAAAAUGUGCGAGACACGCCGUCACGAGUGGAUACAUUUGCUCGUUCGAUCGACCUACUGCACGCACGGUCUGGCCAUCGAUACAAGCCGACGAAGGGGAAGCUGCCAGAUGGCGGGAGCAUGUUCAGUCCAAGCCGCCUGUUCCAGCUACCUUUGGCUGUCCGCCUCCAGAUCUACCGCCACAUCAUCGGGACUGUUGGCGCAAACAGCGGCUCUCGGCCGAUCCGCUUGAAUGCCAUGGUGCACAACCGGCUGGCCUGGCCAGAGGAUGCUUUCGACUCGCUUUCCGACGUUCUCGCGCCUCUCCGAGACAUUCUUAUCGCGUCUUCAGCCCUGCGCAUCGAGCUGCUGGCCGCCCUCUUCCUCGAACGAUCCGUCCACGUGACCUUCUCGCCGUACGUGCGACCAGCGACCUCCCCACUAGCCGUCACCUUUACCAACCAGUAUGGAUGUCUGAUGCAGCGAAUAACGCUCGAGCUGGACUGCACGCGGCUUGGUUAUGGCAUGGAUGCAGCGGCCGCUGGGCUCGCGCCGGGUAUGCUGCACAUGGACAGUCUCGUGCAUGGCUUUGUGGCCGGCCAGACAGCACGAGCCGGUUACAGUACGAUGGAAAGUCUGGUGGUUCUGUGUCGCCGAUUCCAUGGCAACCGACCGUCGAUCGAGGACCAGACAGCUGUGCCCUACACCGGCCCAGAGUACGAGCAGGUGGCCCAGCAGCUGGCGGGACUGUGUGGCCUCGUGGAUUCGGCACGCAUCGUCGGCUUCUCGGCAGCGUUCUCGAACGCUUUAGCUCGACGUCUCCAUGGCGAAAUGUCUGUCUCACCUACGGAACAGCGACAGCUUGGCUACAUUUGGUGCCGCACACCGUCGGAUGCCUACAAACUCCUGCCAGGACACCGAGCUUAUCUGGACUAUGGACCGGGCGUCGGCGUGCGUCUCAGCCCCCGGAUAUCCCUACCACCAUCACCUCCGUCGUCUGUGACUUCGCCGUCGAUAUUGACAUCGGUUCUCCCGUUUCGCCCUGCCGCCGACGUCGACAUGUCGCCGGCCUCCAGCCGCCCACCAUCUCCCGCUUUGUCGACGCCCACAUCUUACCACUUCUCCUGCCUAAACAACGCAAUCAUGACGAUCCCGUCUUCCCAGGCGCCUUCUCCUGGCUGGAGCAGACUCGACUCGUAUCCGAAAGUGCCAUGGGGGAGGCAGGUUCUGUAUGCCUCUGCCGCAUACGCCAUUUAUGGCCUCAACAUUCUGGCCCACCACAUCCAGAUAAUCUGGUACAAGGUUGGGCCGGCCAGGAAAGGCCCAGAUGAAGUUCGGUCAUAUCCGUGCCGGCCGUCACUGUCUGUACGUGUCUUCUUCCCGUCUAAACAUGUGUCGGCCUCGGCGAAACUGCCGACCCUGUUCACUAUUCAUGGCGGUGGUUUUGUUAUCGGAAACCCAGAGGACUCGGAUGUGUGGAACUAUGACUUUGCACACCGCCAUUCGAUGCUGGUGGUGGCCCUGGACUAUCGCAAAGCGCCCGUGUGGCCGUUUCCAUGUGCCAUCCACGACGUCGAGGCGCUCGCCUUGGCCGUGCUGACUGAUACGUCGCUGCCAAUAGACGCAUCGCGGGUGGCAAUGCUAGGCUGGUCGGCCGGCGGCAAUCUUGCACUUGCGGUGGCAUCUCUGCCUAGCAUGAAGGGCAGCAUCGAUAAUGCCAGUCGCCCACGCAUUCACGCUGUGGUUCCCAUAUAUCCCGUGAUCGACUUCAGUGUCCCUAGAGCGUCCAAACUGCGAGCGCGCCAGUACAAACCGUUACCAGGUAUGCGUGGCCACAGGACGGACUUGCUGCGCCCAAUGGCACCCGUGUUCGACUGGGCCUAUAUACGCGGCGUAAAGGACGUGUCCGGGAUACUGCGGAAUUCGCUUCUGAGCCCCGCCUACUUGUCGCGCGAGGAGCUGCCGCCGUUUGUUUUCUUCAUCGCCUGCGAGCUGGAUAUGCUCUCCAUGGAGUCCCUACGCAAGGUGAGCCAGCUUGCCGGCCGGCCACAGCCCGACGACGAUGCCGUGGUCGGCUGCGGCGAAAUUGGCAAGCCAGAUGAACUGAUCCUGAAUGAUGAGCGGUUUUCGUUUGAGACUCGAACGGAGAGCAGCAGCUACCGGUGGCUCCUCGUCCCUGACUCCACACAUGGGUUCGACCAGGCCUUCGCAAACUCCACAGAUGCGCUGCAGAAAUUGGAGCUGAGCCAGGCUGUCAUUGCGGAAUGGCUGCUUUCUGGCCCGUUUGCCGAGAAGUAG